ACAGGGCCAGAUGUGGCAGUGGGCACAGAGAUGCUCAUCUCUCACACCAGCUCUGUGGUAUCAGGGGAUCCUAGCCUCAGGAUGUUGGGAUGUGAGCACCAACCCAUCAGCCCCAACCCCAUGGGAAGACACACAAACCAGCCAAUCCCCUCUAAUCUCCUCCACCAUGACACUUUUAGCACCUGAACAUCCCACCCUUGAUUUUCAAGCCAAAUCCCACAAGGCUCCAUCUGCACCAGGGCCUUGCACAGGGGUUACAGUGGGGUGGGGUGACAAAAGGUGACACCGCACCUUCCCUGAGUGUCUCCAAGCAGGGGAAAGGGGAGACAAUGGGAAAACCAUCACCCAGGGCCAGACCAAGGGAUUCAGGGAGGCUUUGCUACCAGAGGGGAAAAGGUAAACAGAAAUAAUGCCAGAGAAGCAGGUCCUGCCCUGACCAGCAGCACAGGGACAUCAGCGGGACAGGGAGGGGAAAUCAGGGAGCUGCUACAGAUCUGUCCAGCAGGAUGGGGGUGAGCUCCUGGGACCCACCAGUCCUAUUUUUAUGGCUGGUUUUGGCAAGGAUAGCAAAAACAUGUUCCCUUCUGUUCAAAGCCACCCUGGGCUUUGGCUGGGAUGGGAGGAGCUGCACAGUAUGUCAUUACCAGAGCUAGGGGUAACUACAGCGGCCACUUGUGGGGGGGAAAAUGGGCAAACUUAGGGCAGAUUGAAGUUUUAAACGCAGGGACUGCAUCGCCCCCAUCACCAGCAGCCCACACCUAUCCUCGGCUGCAGCCAGAGGGCCAGGGCGAGCGUCGGCGCCUAAAAGGUGCUGGUUGCAUCACCAAGUGCGGAGCCGGCAGCCCCGGGCACAUCCUGUCCCCUCCCAGCAGGGCUGCAAGAGCCGAGCGAGCGUGUCCGUCUGUCCGGGGUUCGGGAGCCAUGGCCGGGAUCGCGGUCACCCUCGGGCUGGCGGUGCUGCUGCCCACGGCCGCCUUCCCCUGCGGAGCCCUGCGCCCUGACAACGCCACGGCCACCAAGCUGCUGGGGACGUGGCUGUACGUGGCCGGGGCUGCCCAGUUCCCCCGGCACCUCCUGGAGAUGCUGCUCAUCGACCACGGGCACCUGCACGUGGAGCCCCUCACGGAUGGGCGGGAGCUGCUCAUCACCCAGCACGUGGCCGUGGGGGACCAAUGUCUCACCAACAACCUCACCUACUUGGAAAUCGCCACCGGUAACACCACACUGGUGAAGCAUGCCAAGACCCAGGAAACUGUGGGGACACUGAUGAACCUCACCUCUGAAGACCUUUUACUCAUCCAGUACCAACUGCAGAGGGAAAGGACAUAUGUGGGACUGUAUCUCUACGCCCGGAACCUGAGCGUGAGCACAGCUGACCGUGAGGAAUUCGAGCACCACGCCAAGUGCCUGGGGCUGAGGGAAGAGGAGAUCAUUUAUGCACCCUGGAAAACAGAGCUGUGUCAAACAAAAGAAAUAGAAAAAGGCAACACCCCACACACGGAGCCCGUGGCUGAGGGCACAGCAUCACCUCCUCCAGGUACCCCCCGGCCUGGGAGUGUGGGGAACUGACCCCACUUCAAGCAAUAAAUGUUUUCUUCAAAUU